UCCGUUUGGAAGUGUACCAGGGCUUGGAUUCUUUAGUCACUUGGUACACUUGUCCGAGUCUCUAUCUUGAACUUAAUUAUAUUUUCAAAAUGAUUUUUUUUAUUUGCUUCAUAACAUUGCAUUCAAUCUUUAUAACUACAUCGGCUACAGUAGCAGAUCUUCGUGUUUCGUUCAAUAUCACUCAAGUUAGUAUAUCUAAACCGGCACGCUAUCACGCUAUUCGACUAUUCAACAAUGAUCAUCCAAAUCUCUUAAGACCUGCGUUAAAAAAAUGUCCUGCGUCAAACUAUAUGUUUCUGGUUAAAAUAUUUUCUACUGAAGAGCCGUACUUUUGCCCAGCAGUUUUUGUUAGUGCUGAUUCGUUGAUAGCAUCGGCACUAUGUUUGAAACAAAUGCAAGCAAUAGACGAUCAUCCUUCAAAUCACAUGUUCGUAAUGGUCGAAGCGGAAAACGUGUUCUUCUACGAUGGCGGAAGGCGAUAUGUGAGCAAGAUCUUUUUCCAUCCAAAACUAGAGGAAAAUCCUGCUUACUACAACCUGGCUAUAUUAAAGCUACGAAAUCCGAUUCGCGAUACGGGCUUAGUAAAUGGUCAGAGCGUUAUAGCUUGUCUAUGGUCCGAGAAUAAAUUGCGCAGUGAUAUGUUCUAUUUGGGGGAAUGGUUCAAAUACCAGCCUGAAAGGAAUGCCGCUUUCCGAUGGCUAGAGUUGCCCCUGAUUUCCAGGAAAGAGUGCAGAGACGAGAUAUUGAAUGCUAAGGUGGAUGUACCCGAGCUGGAUCAAGGUAUCACUGAAUCUCAGGUGUGUGUAAAGGAUAACAAUAAUCGAUCCAUGAUAGAGUUUUGCGAAGAGCGAUCAUCUGGUCCAUUGUUCAUGACCCUUGGGGAUACGGUAUAUAUUGUUGCUAUGCCUACAGUUCAUAUUGAUGACUGUAAUGUCCGGGUUGAGGUAUUCAAUCGUAUAUACGUCGAACUGGAUUGGAUAGAAGCUAUCGUUUGGCCACAUUUAGAAUGAAAUAAAUGUGCUUUAUUAGAAGCGAUAUUCGGUUAAUAAGCUGUACAGCAAGAUUUCAAUAAAAACUUCGGUAAAAAACCAAUAGCUACAAAUGUAUCGGUAAAAAUAAAGAAUAGACCCGCAACUCAGUGACCAAAAAUCCGCUGUUUCUAUUUUUUUGAGAUAAAACCAAAGCGGUAAAAGUAAAGAUGUUUUUUAGUAAAAUUAAUGUGCCAGUAAAGAGCUCCGCGAUGAUCGGGGUCGUACCAGUGGUCCAUACAAAGGGGGCGUUUUAUGGUGUUACACCAACUAAACCCAUGGCUCACGAAAAAUCGUCCCAUUUUAAUGUAGU